AUGCAGUGCCUCCUGCUCGCCCUGGGCCUGGCCCUCGUGUGCGGCGGCCGGGCCGCCAUCGUCGCCCAGACCGUGCAGGACCUGGACCUCCAGAAGGUGGCCGGGACGUGGCACUCUGUGGCCAUGGCGGCCAGCGACAUCUCCCUCCUGGACUCGGAGACCGCGCCUCUGAGAGUGUACGUCCAGGAGCUGAGACCCACCCCCCAGGGCAACCUGGAGAUCGUUCUGCGCAAAUGGGAGGACGGCAGGUGUGUGGAGAAGAAGGUGGUGGCAGAAAAAACCGAGCUCCCUGCUGACUUCAAGAUCAACUAUGUGGACGAGAACCAGGUCUCCGUGCUGGACACCGACUACGAGAACUACCUGUUCUUCUGCGUGGAGAACACCGAUGCCCCCGGGGAGAGCCUCGCGUGCCAGUGCCUCACCAGGACCCUGAAGGCCGACAACGAGGUCAUGGAGAAAUUCAACAGGGCCCUCCAGACUCUGCCCGUGCACAUCCGGCUCUUCUUCGACCCGACCCAGGUGGAAGGUGAUCACCUCCACACCCCGCACCCCUGCUUUCAUCCUGUAGCAGUGCCGCGUCUAGAUGAGCUCCUGCCCGACCCGCACCCGCCUGGGGUAAUGUAG